CUCCAGUUCUUUUUCAGCGCCGCAGAGAAGCAGCAGAAUAGAUUUUUCUUUGAUGGGGCGGGGGGGGUUUCUUCCUUCUUCUCGCCGCUUAACCUUUUCUGCUUUAGUAUUAGAUUGCCGUAGGAAAGUUAGAGCUGCAGUCGCGCACCGACUGCAGUCGAAGCCGUUUUGGAGGAUAUGAAGUCGGUUUAUAAUGGAUAUUUGUGACAAUAGAAGAAGCGUUGACUUCGUGACCAGCAGUUUACACUGAGCCGUGACGUUGUGCCAGCAGGAUUCUCUUCUCCAGUCUUUUCUGUUUCAUUAUCCUGCAGGAGGAUCGCUCUAGGAAACUCAACAGUGGAAUUGUAAAGUGAACGAGUACAGACACAGCAAGAUGUCGGGGGCUUCGGUGAAAGUAGCAGUGAGGGUGCGACCCUUCAACUCCAGAGAGAUGGCCAAUGACUCCAAAUGUAUUAUCCAGAUGCAAGGCAACACGACCACUAUCUCCAACCCCAAAAACCCAAAGGAACCAUUAAAGACCUUCAGCUUCGACUAUUCAUACUGGUCACAUACCACGGUAGAAGAUCCUAGCUUUGCCUCUCAGUGUAAGGUAUUCAAUGACAUCGGCAAAGAGAUGCUGCAGCAUGCCUUCGAAGGCUACAACGUGUGCAUUUUCGCAUACGGACAGACCGGGGCAGGGAAGUCCUAUACCAUGAUGGGGAAACAGGAAGAGGGACAAGAGGGAAUCAUCCCGCUGCUCUGCGAAGAUCUCUUUGAGAAAAUCAAUGACAACAGGAAAGAUGAAAUCUCCUAUUCUGUGGAGGUCAGCUACAUGGAAAUCUAUUGUGAAAGAGUUCGGGAUUUACUGAACCCCAAGAACAAGGGGAACCUGCGAGUCCGGGAGCACCCCCUGCUGGGCCCGUACGUGGAAGAUCUCUCCAAACUGGCCGUCACCUCGUACACCGACAUCGCAGACCUGAUGGACGCCGGGAAUAAAGCCAGGACUGUAGCUGCCACCAACAUGAAUGAAACCAGCAGCAGAUCCCACGCAGUGUUCACCAUAGUCUUCACACAGAGGAAGCACGACGCAGAAACCAAUCUUUCAACAGAAAAGGUCAGCAAAAUCAGCCUGGUGGAUCUGGCGGGCAGUGAAAGAGCUGACUCCACUGGGGCCAAGGGGACCAGGUUAAAGGAAGGUGCAAAUAUCAACAAAUCCCUCACAACAUUAGGAAAAGUGAUCUCUGCUCUUGCUGAAGUUGAUAACUGUACCAGCAAGAGUAAGAAGAAAAAGAAGUCUGACUUCAUACCAUACAGAGACUCUGUGCUGACGUGGCUGCUUAGAGAAAAUUUAGGUGGAAACUCUAGAACUGCGAUGGUUGCUGCUCUCAGUCCAGCAGACAUUAACUAUGAUGAAACACUCGGCACUUUAAGGUAUGCAGAUCGGGCCAAACAGAUCAAGUGUAACGCUGUGAUCAAUGAAGAUCCCAACGCCAAGCUGGUCCGCGAACUCAAGGAGGAAGUGGGCAGGCUGAAGGACUUGCUGCGAGCUCAGGGCCUGGGAGAUAUCCUGGACAUUGAUCCAAUGGGAGAUGAUUACCCAGGAGAUGGAGGCACAUACCUGAAAGACGUACACAACAAUAACCAUAGCUACUUACUAGCCUCUGAGAAUCAACGCCCUGGCAAUUUCUCCACAGCACCCACAGGUUCCCUGACAGCCUCCCCAUCCUCCUGCUCUCUCAGCAGCCAGGCUGGUCUGCAGUCUGUCCCCAGCAUACAGGAGCGUAUCAUGUCAACGCCGGGAGGAGAAGAGGCCAUCGAACGGCUAAAGGAAUCAGAAAAGUUUAUUGCAGAGCUCAAUGAGACCUGGGAAGAGAAACUGAGGAAGACGGAAGCAAUCCGAAUGGAAAGAGAGGCUCUGCUGGCUGAAAUGGGAGUGGCCAUUCGAGAGGACGGAGGAACACUGGGCGUUUUCUCUCCCAAAAAGACUCCGCAUCUUGUUAACCUCAAUGAAGACCCUCUCAUGUCAGAAUGUCUUCUGUAUUACAUCAAGGACGGCAUUACAAGGGUUGGCCAGGCAGAUCCAGAAAGACGUCAAGAUAUUGUUCUGAGUGGAGCCCAUAUCAAAGAGGAGCACUGUAUCUUCAGGAGUGAGAGGAAUGGCAACGGGGAUGUUAUCGUCCUGCUGGAACCGUGUGAAGGGUCAGAGACGUACGUCAAUGGGAAACGAGUCGGUGCGUCCGUGCAGCUGCGCUCAGGCAACCGUAUCAUCAUGGGAAAGAACCAUGUGUUCCGGUUCAACCACCCCGAGCAGGCCCGCGCAGAGAGGGAGAAGACUCCGUCCGCAGAGACCCCCUCCGAACCAGUGGACUGGACCUUCGCUCAGAGGGAGCUGCUGGAGAAGCAGGGCAUCGAUAUGAAGCAGGAGAUGGAGAAAAGGCUCACAGAGAUGGAAAUCUUGUACAAAAAAGAGAAGGAGGAAGCAGAUCAACUUCUGGAACAGCAGAGACUGGUGUACGAGAGCAAGCUGCAGGAGCUGCAGAAGCAGGUGGAGACUCGCUCGAUAGCUGCUGAGACCACUGAGGAGGAAGAGGAAGAGGAGGAAGUACCCUGGACCCAGCAUGAGUUUGAGACGGCGCAGUGGGCAUUCCGAAAGUGGAAGUAUCACCAGUUCACAUCGCUCCGAGACCAGCUGUGGGGCAACGCUGUGUACCUCAAAGAGGCCAAUGCCAUCAGCGUGGAACUGAAGAAGAGGGUGCAGUUCCAGUUCGUGCUGCUCACAGACACGCUGUACUCCCCACUGCCCCCCGAGCUGCUCCCCACAGAGGCAGAGAAGGACCGGAACCCUCGCCCCUUCCCCAGGACCGUGGUGGCCGUGGAGGUGCAGGACCUCAAGAACGGAGCCACCCAUUACUGGUCCCUGGAGAAACUCAAGCAAAGGCUGGAUCAGAUGCGUGAGAUGUAUGACAGAGCUGGUGAAAUGGCGUCCUCCAUUCAUGAAGACAAUGACAAUGUGCUGACCGGGAACGACCCCUUCUACGACCGCUUCCACUGGUUCAAGCUUGUGGGAAGCUCCCCUAUUUUCCACGGCUGUGUGAACGAGCGACUCGCAGACCGCACCCCGUCUCCCACCUUCUCCACGGCCGACUCGGACAUCACCGAGUUGGCCGACGAGCAGCAGGACGAAAUGGACGACUUUGACGACGAGGCCUUUGUGGACGACACGGGCUCGGACGCGGGGACUGAAGAGGGAUCAGACAUCUUCAGUGAUGGCCAGGACCCGUUUUACGACCGGUCUCCCUGGUUCAUUUUAGUGGGAAGAGCCUUUGUGUAUCUCAGUAACCUCCUGUACCCAGUGCCCCUCGUCCACAGAGUGGCUAUUGUGAGUGAGAAAGGGGAGGUUCGAGGAUUCCUGCGUGUCGGGGUCCAAGCCAUUGCAGCUGACGAAGAGGCUCCAGACUAUGGUUCAGGAAUACGACAGUCGGGAACUGCAAAAAUUUCUUUUGAUGAUGAAUACUUCCAAACUAGUGACUUCUCCUCUGUGGCACUGACCCAGUCAGGGCUAUCCCUUGAGGAGCUGAGAUAUGUGGAAGGGCAGGGUCAGAGUUCAGAGGUCGUAACCCCUUCAGAAGAGCACAACAGGAUAAAUGAACUGGAUCUGAAGGGUAACAUGAGGGACACCAAGCUGUCCAUUGAAGGUCUGACGGAGGAGCUGGCGAACCAGCUGGUGGUCGGAAGCAUCUUCACCUUCCGAGUGACCGUCCUGCAGGCCAUCGGGAUUCUCCCGGAGUACGCAGACAUCUUCUGCCAGUUCAACUUCCUGCACCGUCACGAUGAAGCGUUUUCCACUGAACCUUUAAAAAACACUGGGCGAGGGGCUCCUCUGGGGUUCUUCCAUGUGCAGAACGUUGCUGUUGAGGUGACGGAGUCUUUCAUUGAGUAUAUAAAGACCAAGCCCAUUGUGUUUGAGGUGUUUGGACACUACCAGCAGCAUCCUCUACAUCUGCAGGGGCUGGACAGCCUUCUACAACCCUCUCGCAAAUCUUUCCCUCCACCCAUGCCGCUGUCUAAACCAGACCAUGCCAGAAAGAUUGAGUUGAUUAAAUACCUUGUGUCCGGUUAUGUAAGCGGGCAGGUGCUGGACACUGUAUCAGAAAACGCCAAUGCUCUAGCCUCUACCGCGGUCGCUAGUUUCGAAGACAGGGCUGAUCAGCUCUCAAAGUUUCCAUUCCUGCCUGUUAUGCAUUGUCUGGUUCUCACAGUACCCAAACACGAUGUUCCAGCUACUAAACUAAACGCCAUAAGCAAGCCCAAUCUGGGACAAUGUGUCAGCAAGUAUGACCUACUGGUCUGGUUUGAGAUCAGUGAACUGGAACCCACUGGGGAGUAUAUCCCUGCAGUCGUGGAUCACACGGGAGGCCUCCCCUGUCACGGCACUUACCUGCUUCAUCAGGGUAUUCAGCGCAGAAUCACAGUCACCAUCAUCCACGAGAAAGGCAGUGAGCUGCACUGGAAGGAUGUGCGAGAGCUGGUUGUAGGUCGCAUCAGAAAUAAACCGACGGUUGAUGACACUGCUGCAGAUGCUGUUUUGUCUCUGAAUAUAAUCUCAGCAAAGAACAUCAAGUCUUCACACAAUUCCAACAGGAUUUGUCUUGAUAAGGAAAUACCUAGGACCUUCUACCGAUUUGAGGCAGUGUGGGACAGCUCUCUACACAACUCUCUUCUCCUGAACCGCGUGACUCCGUACGGGGAGAAGAUUUACAUGACCCUGUCUGCGUACCUCGAGCUUGACCACUGCAUCCAGCCGGCUGUGAUCACGAAGGACGUCUGUAUGGUGUUCUACUCUCGGGAUGCUAAAAUCUCCCCCCCUGGCUCUCUGAAGAGCCUGUUUGGCAGAGGCUACUCCAAGUCACCUGACUGUAACAGAGUGACUGGGAUCCAUGAGCUGAGCUUGUGUAAAAUGGCAGACACAGGUAGCCCAGGUAUGCAGAGGAGGAGGAGAAAGGUCCUGGAUACAUCGGUGGCGUACGUCAGGGGCGAGGAGAACCUGGCUGGGUGGAGACCUCGCGGAGACAGCCUCAUUCUGGAGCACCAAUGGGAGCUUGAGAAACUAGACCUGCUGCAUGAGGUUGAAAAGACCCGGCACCUGCUGCUGCUGCGUGAGAAGCUGGGCGAGACGACGGCCCCCAAGUCCCUGAGCGAGUCCAUCUCCCCCAGCAUGAGCAGCGGCACCCUGAGCACCUCCACCAGCAUCUCCUCCCAGAUCUCCAAUGCCACCUUCGAGAGCGCCAUCACCCCCAGCGAGAGCAGCGGCUACGACUCGACCGACAUCGAGAGCCUGGUUGAGCGUGAGAAAGAGCUCGCCACCAAGUGCCUGCGACUCCUAACCCACACCUUCAACAGAGAAUAUAACCAGGUCUGCAACAGCAUCAGUGACUGCAAACUGUCGGAUAUCUCUCCGAUGGGACGGGAUCCUUCAGUGUCGAGCUUCAGCAGUGCCACCCUCACCCCGUCAUCUACCUGCCCCUCCCUGGCGGACUCCAGAUGUAACUCCAUGGACCAAAAAACUCCAGAAGCCAACUCCAGAGCCACCAGCCCUUCCUGUCCAGACUAUGAGAACUUACCCAUGGUCCCCAUCGUGGAGACCUCCUACCUGGCCCGAGCCGGCAAGAACGAGUUCCUCAACCUGGUCCCUGACAUCGAGGAGAUGAGACCCGGGUCGGUGGUUUCUAAGAAAGGCUACCUGAACUUCAUGGAGCCCAGGUCUAACUCGUGGGUGAAGUACUUUGUGGUGGUGCGGCGUCCCUACGUCUUCAUGUACCACAACGACAAGGACCCCGUGGAGAGGGGCAUCCUGAACCUGUCCACCGCACAGGUCGAGUACAGCGAGGACCAGCAGGCAAUGCUGAAGACGCCCAACACGUUUGCAGUGUGUACCAAGCAUCGUGGGCUUCUACUGCAGGCUAUCAAUGACAAAGAUUUGAAUGACUGGUUGUAUGCCUUUAACCCACUUCUAGCUGGCACAAUAAGGUCCAAACUUGCCCGAAGGUGCUCAGGGCAGCUGAAGAAUUGAGAACGGUCCCUCCACUGAGUGCAGGGAAUACAGUACCUAUUCUUCUGACUUGCCUUUGAAGAUACAAAGUGUUAACACUUAUUUAUCUGUGUGAUUCUUGACGGUUUUCUCUUGUAUGUAGACCUGUGGCUUAACUCUUCUUCAAAGCACCUUUUUAAGUUACCCAAAUCCUCCUCCUCCUCCUCCUCCUCCUCCUCCUCCUCACCUCCCUCCCUCCUUCUCCUCCUUUUUGUCUUUCCUAAAACUUAACUAGUAGCAUGUUGUAAUACAGUCUAGUUGUGUGUGCACGAUUUUUCAGCAGUUUUUUCCAAUUCUGAGUUUUUGUGUCUGUAAGGUUGUCCUAUCAGUGUUAUCUGUCAGUCUGAAACAUUUUUGAGUUGUACCCGCAUGGUACCAAUGGCUGUCCUCGGGUUAAGCAGAGAUUCAUGCACACAGCAAAAGAAAACAGACAAAAUAUAUACCAUUUAACAAAUUAUUAUGUACUUUGCUUAUAUUAAUAGUGCAAUGCCUAAAUUGGAAUAUUACCAUAUUUAACAAAACACUACAGAGAUUGCUUGUUGGCGAUUGUCUGUAGGAUUUCUCUCUGGUUGACAAUUGAUGGAAUGUCAAUAUAGGUACGGUAUUGGCAUUAGAAUUGUGUCUCACUCCUUCACACAGAGGAAUGAGACACCUAGAAAACGCCUCUCUCUUUUGCAGGCAUGUUUAGGCAUCUUUGGUUAGCCUACUUUUUAUUUUUAUUGGGUAACUUUUAAUCAUCUCUGUCGGGAAUCUAUUGCAGACUUAGGAAAAAUAUGAACGAAAAGUAAAAUGGGCGAAACCAAAUUGCAAUCUUGCGUGUCAUAAAACGAAAAAAAAAAACCAGAACGAAAAACAAAGAAGCAUCGGGUGAGAUUAGGUAUUUCAGUUACUCUGGGGGCAGUGUAUUCGUAUUCAGCUAGAAAACAAAAUACCAAAAUGGCUGACAGAAAGCCAAUGCAAAAAGCACUUAUGUUUCUAGAUAAUCUUACUCCAGGCCAGACAGAGAACUGAUGCAGCCUCCACAGACCCACAGAACAUAUGUGCUGUAUUACUUCAUAUAAGCAGAUGUACCUAAAAUCAUUGUGUUAUAACCAGCUGUGUCAUUGGACCAUCCAAUUACUGGACUGUAACUAUUACAACAACAUACAGGUGAAAAACAUUAACGCUGUAUAAAAACGAAAAACAAAAACGAAUGUCUUAUGUAUAUGUCAGUGCUAGAAUAAUGUUUGUACCAGUGACGUGUCUGCAGCGGCGAUUGCAAGACAGAUAAUUUUAUUUGAUUUGACUUUUAAUUUGUAUUUUAUAUCUUUUAAUAUUCCCUGGAUGUUUUAGUGCAGGUUUAUUCUCACAAUGAUUUGGCCAAAGGGAUGUUAAUAUCAGGCACUGUUAUUUACAGCUUCCUACAGCUUGAAAACUACUGGAAGGUCUGUAGAUGGUACUAGAAUAAUGAGGUCAUUUUAGAUCCUUCAAGGGUUCCAAGUACUAUUGGAUUAGAACAUGCACCAGAACCUAAAUGAGCUUCUUCAAUAUCCAGGAUAUAUACCUGAGGUACAGCAUUGGACUGUGCCAAGCAUAUAUAUGUUUUAGAUUAUAUGCAAAUGCCCAGAUGUUUAUGACCUGAAAUAGCAAUGACAAAAUGAUCAAAGCCUUUUGUAGCUAAGAAAAUAUUACAGCAUUGCUAAUCAUGUCACUAGAAGAUAACUUAUUUGAGUUAUGGGGAAAAGUCUUUCCUAGGUUACAAUGUUUAGCACUUUCAUUCCUCAUGAAGUCAUAAUGGGAGUAUGCAGGACUAGGCUGAUCUUAAAGAUGGCUGCAGGAGAGGUGUGAGCAGGCACAGUAUUGUUAGCUGCUGAUUUUAAUGUGCUUUAGAUACUGUACUAGCAAGCACUGACUGCCAGGAUUGGUUAACCUGAAGUAAGAGGUACAUGGUUAAUGAAUGGAGUGGUAAGUCCUGCUGAAUUCGUUGCAUUACAGAAUAUCACCGAAAUGAAGUAACAAACUAAAAUACUCUUGAUUUUUAUUGUUUUAAAAACAUUAAUUAAAAACUUUGCUCUGCAUAAAUCUGAAACUGGGUGUCAGAAAUAAACUGGAUGAAACAUAGGCCUAUAAAAUACUUUUAUAUCUAUUCAACAUUUAGAUGGAUUCCUUACAAUUGUUCUUUUACAAUAAUUUUACAAUAAUUUUACAGUACAGUAUUGCUGUAUUGGUUUGAAAGGGAUGAUGGAAUUUGCAUUGUUCAAUAUUUUACAAACCAGCCUGACUGAAGUGUGACAAUACAGGGGAUUGUGACUCUGGCCAGCCAACCAGUAGUACAUGCAAUCCAACACACUUAAAGAAAAGAGGCUGGGAAUGAGUGGACCAGGGAAAUACAGACUAAGGACAUGCAUUCUUUACACCACUUAUUGACCUUUUGAUACAGCAUACUUUUCAUUUCUCUUCAAACAGAGCGUGGCUAUUCUUCAUGAGGUGCCCAGAGUCUGGGGUCAGCUAGCCUGCAGAGCACAGGCACCCAUACAUACACAGAAUGUCAACCUGUCCUGGCCCUUUCAGCUUAACAUACACUGAAAUAUUACCAUCGGCUAGUUGACAAUGAAAUGAAUUUACAAGAUCACUUGCAUGAAAUCCAUACUUUAUAACAGCUGUCAGAAUGUCUGGCCCUUAUAACUAGUAGUCAAUAGUUGGUUUAAAAGUGGCUAUGCAAAAUGAAGACCCUGUGCAGUUUGUCAGAGCAAAGGUUUUCAUUAAUUUUGAGUUGCUGGUUAACGCAAAGUGUAGAGACUUUAUUAACUGUAUUUAUUAUUAUUUUAACAUGUGUCGUGUGUAUAUAUAUAUAUAUAUAUUGGGUUGCAGUUCUUUGCACAGUAGAAUUCAAUAGUAGGACAGAAAGGCAUACAGUACAAAGGUUUGCAUAUUUUUAAUAAAAGUCAUUCCGCUAACUCUACCUAAACAUAUACUUGAACAAAAUGAAGCAGUGUGAUGCUAAAGUGAAGGGUCGUUCGAUUGGAAAUCCUGGUAUUACUGGUAAGGGGACUGGCACUGAUGCUGCUGCAUCAGUGCCAGUAGUGCGGAAGUGCGGAAUGUGCUGUCAGUAAGAUGACGCCUGUUUGCAUUUUAUUAGCCCAUCGUGGCUGGUUCUCCCAAAUACCAUUGUGGUCCGAGAUUUUUUUUAUUAUUGUUAUUGGGAACUGGUUUAAUUUGUGUGCUUCCUGUUUGAAAGGACAUGUCAACCUGUUUCAAAGAUUUCAAUUUCUUUACAGGUGAUCUUUAACUUGAACACUAAAUGGUGUUCUUAGCGAUAGCCUAGUUCUAUACCAUAGGAUUAUGAUGUUGAAAGUGGGCCUAUAUUAGGUUUAUAAUAGAAGGUAAUAUCUUGAACAUCUAAUUGUACUUUUGGCUGAGGUCUACAAAGUCCAGCUCCUUACUCAUCUAUUCACCAAUUUCAUCUUAACGCUUAUCAUCCAUUAUUUAAAAAAAAAAAAAAUCCAAUUAAAAUCACAACAAACAAACAAACAAAAAAAGAUUCCCCAAAUCUAAAGCAAGUUGCCCCAGAAAGAACAAUUUCAUUUGAAACUGAAGGUUGGCAUUCCCUUUAGCACCGGUUUUUGUUUCAGAUCAUCGGCACUGUACAUUAUUUAUUCGUCAGAUUUGCUUCAUUUUCAUACAUUUAUUUUGUAAAUAUAUAUGUUGUAUGGAGCUUGAAUUAAAAUGUAAAUAUAUUUCAUGUAUUUGUACUAAUUAUAAUCCAUUCGCUGUAUAGCCUAGACGUGUAAUGCAGAUAUAUCUAAUUCUGUGUGUGUAAUCUUGUACCACUGAACUGUUUAGUGAACGAGAUAACAAUAAAGGUACAACCAGUGCAUUAGCAGAAUAA